GCUCGCUCGGCAGACAUGAGGGUCCUGGCCUGCCUCCUUGCUGUUCUGAUGGGGAUCCAGGCUGUGGAGCGGCUGCGCCUGGCGGGGGGCCCGCACGGCUGCGCCGGGCGGCUGGAGGUGCGGCACGGGGGGCGCUGGGGCACGGUGUGUGACGACGGCUGGGACCUGCGGGACGCCGCCGUGGCCUGCCGGGAGCUGGGCUGCGGGGGCGCGCUGGCCGCCCCCGCGGGGGCUUUCUUCGGGGAGGGCAUCGGGCCGGUCUGGCUGAGCGAGCUGGCGUGUCAGGGCUCCGAGAGCCGCCUGAGCCUCUGUCGCCACCGGGGCUGGAAGGCCCACAUCUGCUCCCACGAAGAGGACGCCGGCCUCGUCUGCGUGGGUCAGCGGGCCGCCAACUCGAGGCCGGAUUCGGCAGAGCCCCUGGACCGGGAGUUGUGGGCUGAGACCUCCCCGACCUCCCCAGCCCCGCCCCUAGCUGGGAAUCCGACUAGCAGCCCCCAGAAGGACCUUCGGCCCCCCAAGCUGCCCAAGUCCACCCGGGCCCCUCCGCUGACUUCCAGCGCUCCUCAACAGGAGCGGCUGCGCCUGGCAGGCGGGCCCCACAGCUGCGCCGGGCGGCUGGAGGUGUGGCACGGAGGCCGCUGGGGCACGGUGUGUGACGACGGCUGGGACCUGCGGGACGCCGCCGUGGCCUGCCGGGAGCUGGGCUGCGGGGGGGCGCUGGCCGCCCCUGGAGGGGCCCGCUUUGGGGAAGGGUCGGGUCCCGUCUGGAUGGACGACGUGGGCUGCGGGGGUGGAGAACAGGCCCUCCAGGACUGUCCCCGGAGUCCUUGGGGACGCAGCAACUGUGACCACACGGAGGAUGCUGGACUGGUCUGUGAAGGCCCGGCCCCCCGGCUGCGCCUGGCCGGGGGUCCCAACGGCUGCGCCGGGCGGCUGGAGGUGUGGCACGGAGGCCAGUGGGGCACGGUGUGUGAUGACGGCUGGGACCUGCGGGACGCCGCCGUGGCCUGCCGGGAGCUGGGCUGCGGGGGGGCGCUGGCCGCCCCUGGAGGGGCCUUCUUUGGGGAGGGGGCCGGGCCCAUCCUGCUGGAUGACCUGCGGUGCAAAGGGAACGAGACGUCACUGGGCUCGUGCCCAGCCCGGCCCUGGGGCCAGCACGACUGUCACCAUCGCGAGGAUGCAGGGGCCGUGUGCGACGGUCUGCCUCUGGGCCUGCCCACGCCCGGCAGCAGCCUCGAGGCCCCGGAGACUCAGGCCCCCACUGCGGGGCUCCCUCCUGCCUCCCCCACGGCCCUGCUGGAACCAGCGCCUCCAGAGGGGGCCCCCCGCCUCCGCCUGGUGUCCGGCCCCGGCCGGUGCGCCGGGAGGCUGGAGGUGUGGCACGGCGGUCGCUGGGGGACCGUGUGCGACGACGCGUGGGACGUCCGAGACGCCGCCGUGGUCUGCCGGGAGCUGGGCUGCGGCGCCCCCCGGGAGCCGGGCCCGGUCCCCGGCCGCUUCGGCUGGGGCGAAGGCCCCAUCUGGCUGGACGACGUGGCUUGCGCUGGGACUGAGGUCCGGCUGGCCGACUGCCCCGUGGCCCCCUGGGGGAAACACAACUGUGCUCAUAACGAAGACGUGGGCGUCACUUGCACAGGGAGUCUGGGCUCUGACACCGCCUCAGACCCCUUCAGCUGGAGCUGGGCCCCAGAGCCACGUGGGGACGGACGGGAACGGCCCCUCGGGAAGCGGACCACCGAGAAGCCUGGGGACGCGACCGCCCGGCCGACCGCCGGCAGCCCUGGGACGACGGCGGCCAGGCCACCGGGGAGGACUCCCCAGAGCUCCAAAAAGUGGGCUACAAAGAAACCCCGGAAACCAACCGCGCGACCCCCUGGACAAUCGACCACUAAGAUCCCGAGGAGGCAGGCAACCCGGGUCCCACAAGGCCAGGUCCCCCCUCGACUGACCACACAGACGCCCCGAGGCCGGACGUCCCCGGCCUCCCCCAAACCCGCCACGCAGACGCCCCGAGCCCAGACCUCCCGGGCCUCCCCCAAAAUGACCACUCGGGCUCCCCGAGGCCGGACGUCCCCGGCCUCCCCCAAACCCACCACUCGGGCUCCCCGGGGCCGGACCCCCCCGGUCUCACCGCCGCUGACCACUCAGAGCCCACGGCCCAACGUCCCCAGGACGGCGUCACAAAGACGGCCUCCCCCGGUCACCCCACCGCCGAGCACUCGAGUCCCAAAGGAAGCGACUCCAGCAGAUCGCGACGAGAGCCCCCCCGAAAGCUCGGCGGGGGCCGACGCCGGCACUGGAGCCCCCCAGACUUUGUCCACAAGCACGGCCGAGGAUCCGUCCCCCCCUCAGGCCUGGCCGGGCUCGGGAGAGUCGGGUCUCUUUCGGCUGCGUCUCUCGGACGGGCCCGACCGGUGCGCCGGGCGGCUGGAGGUGUGGCGCGGCGACCUCUGGGGGACGGUGUGUGACGACGGCUGGGACCCCCGAGACGCCGCCGUGGCCUGCCGGGAGCUGGGCUGUGGCGGGAUGCGGCCCCGCGUGGGCAAGACCUACUACGGCUCCGGGACCGGCCCCAUCUGGUUGGACGACGUGGCCUGCGUGGGCGUCGAGGCCUCCCUGGGGGACUGUCCGGCCUCCCCCUGGGGGACCCACAACUGUGACCACCAGGAAGACGUGGGGCUCACCUGCACAGGGGACGUGGAGAAUGACGGCGAUCUCCCCUGGGCCUGGGACACCAGCUCUCGAAGGGGCGUGAGCCAGGGGAGCCCCCCCACGGCCCUGCCCGGAUCCACCGCCUCUCCCAGCCGCCGCCCCGCCCCCCAGACCCCCUGGGGCCGCCGAGAUCCAGAUUUGCAGGGUCGCUCUCGGUCCCUCCAGCGCCCAGUGGCCCCCAAGGAGACCCCCGGGCCAGACCUUCAGCUGCCCGCGCACCCCCGCCCGCCACCGACCACUGAAUCUAGCACACGUUUGACCUCUGAUCUCAGACUGUCUCUGACCACUGACCUCAGUCCACGGCUGACCCCUGAUUCAGACAAACGGCUGCUCUCUGACCCCAGCCCACAGCUAACCACUGACCUACACUUGACCCUUGAGCCCAACCCACGGCUGAUCUCUGAUGUCAGCCACAGACUGACUUCAGAUGUCCUAGAGCUGACCUCCGACCCCGGCUCACAGCCGACCUCUGACUCCUCCCCAAUGUCAGCGGUGACCUCCGACCCUGACCGAUUAAUUGCUAAUCCGGGCCCACGGCCGAGCCCGGACUUUAUGCCAGAGCUCACCUCCGACCUCAGCCCCAAGGGAGAGCUCACCCCUUCCUCUGCCCCACAGCCAAUACCUGAUGUCGCCCCACAGUUGACAUCUGAUACCGACCAACAAUUGACCAUUGAGUUCCUCUCGCGACCAACCUCUGACCCUAGCCCACAGCUGACCUCUAACUCUCCCUUAGACUUGACCUCUGACCCUAGCCCACAGCUGACCUCUAACUCUCCCUUAGACUUGACCUCUGACCCUAGCCCACAGCUAACCACUAACUCUCCCUUAGACCUGACCUCUGACCCUAGCCCACAGCUAACCACUAACUCUCCCUUAGACCUGACCUCUGACCCUAGCCCACAGCUAACCACUAACUCUCCCCUAGACCUGACCUCUGACCCUAGCCCACAGCUGACCCCUAACUCUCCCCUAGACCUGACCUCUGACCCUAGUCCAAAGCCGACCCCUAACUCUCCCCUAGACCUGACCUCUGACCCUAGUCCAAAGCCGACCCCUAACUCUCCCCUAGACCUGACCUCUGACCCUAGCCCAAAGCCGACCUCUAAAUCUCCCCUAGACCUCAUCUCUGACCCUAGCCCAAAGCCGACCCCUAAAUCUCCCCUAGACCUGAUCUCUGACCCUAGCCCACAGCUGACCCCUAACUCUCCCCUAGACCUGACCUCUGACCCUAGCCCACAGCCGACCCCUAACUCUCCCUCAGACCUCAUCUCUGACCCUAGCCCACAGCUGACCACUAACUCUCCCUUAGACCUGACCUCUGACCCUAGCCCACAGCCGACCCCUAACUCUCCCUUAGACCUGACCUCUGACCCUAGCCCACAGCCGACCCCUAACUCUCCCUUAGACCUGACCUCUGACCCUAGCCCACAGAUGACCCCUAACUCUCCCCUAGACCUGACCUCUGACCCUAGCCCACAGAUGACCCCUGACUCGUUCCCAGACCUGACCUCCGAUUUUAGCCCACUGUUAACUUCUCCCUCCACUGCACCACGAUUCACUCCUGGUUCUAUCUCCCCCCUGACCUCUGACAUGACCCUGCAGAUGCCUUCUGACCCCACCUCCACCCCAGUGCUGACCUCUCGGCCCCCGCAGCUGACCCCCACCCUGAAUCCCACCCAAACUAAGCUGGUGCUUGGCCCGUCUCCAAGCCCGGAGAGGACCACUGCCCCCCCCCGCGCCCACGGGCGGACCCUGCCCUCGCCCUCUUGGACAGCGGAGCUCAGCCCCACCCCCCAGCAAGCCAGAGUGCCCCCUGGCAGCUCAGGGACGGCCUCAGGGCCCCCAGCUGAGCCUCCUGGCAGCACCCAGCGCCCCCCAGCCCUUGGCGAGGGUCCCCUCCGAGCCUCCCCGAGCCCCUCGGAGCCGGCCGGAGGUCCCGGCCCCGCCCCCGCCCCCACUGCCCGGGACUCGGGCCCCCCCGGUGCCGUCCCUGCCCCCGCCCCGACUCCCGAGCCGGGCCCCGUCCCCAAGCGCCCCCCGACGGCCGGCUCUGGGGGGGCCCCCCGGGACGCGGAGACGGGCCGGUGCGUGGGGGCGGCCCCGAGCGUCCUUCGGGUCAUGGCCUGCGAGCCGCCGGCCCUGCGGGAGCUGGUGGGCGCCGUGAGGGACGUGGGGAAGCAGCUGCGGAUCCUGACCCAGGCGGUCCAGCAGAGCCGCGACGAGAGGAGGGCCGCGGGCCUGGAGCUGGCCCGGCUGGUGGAGGCCGUCAGGGGCCUGGGGGACCUGGGCCAGGCCCUGCGAGGGCUGGUGGAGGCGGCGCGGGCCCCCCCCGCCCCCGGGCCCCCGGAGGAGGAGGAGGAGCGCCCGAGAAGAGGCGACGUGUGAGCGGGGCCCAGGCUGCCCCGGACACAGGCCCCCGGACACAGGCCCCCGCCCCGAGCCAACAAAGCCUCCUGAGCCCGUGCCUGGGCUGCUUGAA